CAACAUUCCCCGUUGUUGCCAUGGAAACAGCUUGGCUUGUGACAACCGGGCGCAGCGGGAGCCAGAAAGCUCAAAAUGAACAGAAAGAAGCUGCAGAAGCUUACAGAGUCCCUGUGCAAAUCCGCUAAACAUUUUAAUAAAUUCGAAGUGGAAUGCCUCAUAAAACUUUUCAAUAACCUGGAUGUGGAACCCAGCGACCGUCAUGCUAUUGUUGGUUUAGAUCGCAAUUCAUUUCGCAAUAUUCUACACGUGACAUUUGGAAUGACAGAUGACAUGAUUAUGGACAGAGUGUUCCGUGCUUUUGACAAAGACAAUGACAGCUGUGUCAGUGUAACAGAAUGGGUAGAAGGCUUAUCAAUAUUUCUUCGAGGGACUUUGGAAGAAAAGAUGAAAUACUGCUUUGAGGUUUAUGACCUGAAUGGUGAUGGAUAUAUUUCACGAGAGGAAAUGUUCCAUAUGCUGAAGAACAGUCUGCUAAAACAGCCAUCAGAGGAAGAUCCCGAUGAAGGAAUUAAAGAUUUAGUAGAAAUAACACUGAAGAAAAUGGACUAUGAUCACGAUGGCAAAGUCUCUUUUGUGGAUUUUGAAAAGGCAGUAAGAGAUGAAAAUCUCCUCUUAGAAGCAUUUGGACCAUGUUUACCUGAUGUGAAGUGCAGGAUGUCCUUUGAGUCACAAGCUUUCCAAGAUGCUCCUGAAUUGUAGAUCUGCAAGUAAAAUAUAAUGAAUGAAAUGUAAUAUAGCUGGAUAGACCCAAUGCAUUGCAUCAUAAGAUAGCAUUAGGAGCACAAG